UCACAGUAAAUUUGCCAGUGUAAAAAAUGCAGUGUCAAAGUAUUUUAAUUCUGACGGAGUUCUUCCAACAAUGGACAGAGUAAAAUCGAACCAAAAAACUUCCAGUGUUGGUGAAAAUAAUCGGAGUUAACAGAGGUUUUACUCUGUCAGUGUCAUUGACUGUCUUAGAGUUAAUUCAACACCGAUCGGAGCAAGAUACCUUCCAGUGUAAAAAAAAAAAAAACUUUGAAAAGCCCCACCCAUCAACUUCACCGCUCAAACUGAGAAUGUGGACUCACCAACCGCCAAAAAAAAUUUCAAAGAAGAAGAAGAAGAAGAACGUGGACUCUGGCAUCGACACCUUCCUCGCAUAGAAAUACUGUGACUGUUCUGUAAUGUACUGUUGUGCUCUGGUGAUACCAUCAUGUUGAUCAAAACCAGAAUCUACAAUACACAGAAAUAUGUCAAGAUAAAAGAGCCAAGCCUUGAGGAAUUCUUAAAUUCUGCUUUCUUGAAGUUCUCAGUUCCGCCAGUCAGUGGUGUCAAGGUUUUUGAUGAAACAGGAACUGAAGUGGAUGCAGAGGUCUUCUCUGACAUAGCGCAGCAGCCCAAUACUGGCAUACUAACCAUCAAGUUUGAUGACGAUUUCAAGGAAACUUUACCCAGCAGUUCCCAAGAAGCAAAUUCCAGUGCACUGUCUACUAGUAGUGGCGAUGACACAGUCAUUCUCGAAAUCGUGUCCUGCAACUCAGAUGACACAAUCAUACUGGAGGAGAGUGACAGUCCACCCAGAAAGCGACAGAGGGCAGAUGAAGAGGCCAAACGUGUGGUUGAAUUGGCGCUAAGGAGACCUGGGGGCGACCCUAUCAUCAAAGAGUACCACCGCACUAAAAGUCUGACCGACUCCUCACGCCGACAAAUGGUCAACAUACUUGUGGCUGAUAUGACAGAAGCACAUGGGACGGCCCCACCACGGAAUGUGAGAGAGAUGUACGCUAGAGGCGUAGUUCAGCUCUUCCCGUACUUGAUGGAUCCCUACUCUAAAAAUGGAUAUGAACAUUUCUAUGAUGGUGAAAGCGACAGUGGCUAUCUGGCAUGGCAGCUUAAAACUAUACAGAGGAAAAGUGCUUCAUCAGAAAGCAGAGGAUCAUCACGUCAGCUGACUGGAGGACCAGCAGCCAGAAGAGAGGCUUCCUUUAGUCCUGAGAUGACAUUAAGUGAAGAGCAAUGCAAGGAGGCCAUGGCCGUAAUGAGAUACUGUACUGACGAGGCUACUAUCAAGCAGAAGAUGAAAAUGACAUUUCAACAUCGUCGCAGUAUGGUCCUCGAUGUAGAGAAAUCCUCAGAUGUCUUGACUGAAUUUCCCCGCUUCAAAGAUGUCAAAGGCCUGAUUGAGCAAGAUUUCGUCCUGCAGUUUGGAGAAGAUGUAGCUGCAAGAUUUAUGGAAAGGUGGCCAACAACAUUCAAGCAAAAGGUCAUUCAGCAGUGUAAGGCUCUCCCUUCUACAAGUGACCUUGAUGAGCUUAUCCAUUGUGCUGAAGCUACACCGGAUGAAGAGGAAAUUGAUGACACUCUUACACUUGGCUGGGACAGUGAUCUUUCAUCCAUUAUCCUCCUCCUCCACCUGAUACCUCCUUCAGCCCAAGGCCGGAGAAGACCAGGCAAGGUGUCAGCAGCCCAAGCUGAGAAACAACUUGUCGUGUUCAAGAAGAGUGGAACAAGUAUUCAAGAACAUGUUGAUGCAAUCAAAUGCACCACUCAACCGUAUCUUCUUGCUGUUGGGAUGAAGAGGAGCACCAUCCAUGAGUUCUUCAUUAUUCUGGACAAGCAGGUCAUACCGUGCAAGUCAUCCAGUACCCUAGGAGCUUUUGACGAACUCUUUAAAGCACACUUUGUAUUUGGUACCAUGUACAACCAGAUGCUCCACAACAUGUUCACCUUCAUUCAGACAACCAUUUACAACAUAGAUAUUGGUCAAGUCCAGGAGAGCCCACGUGUUGCUGAGGUUAGGGCCAGGCUGCUGCACUAGUUAAUAGAUGACUCCAGGUUGGCAACAUAUUUGUCACUUUUCACUAAAAGCUCUUCUAUCUGUAUUUUGAGUGAUUUUCCCAUGUCACUCAGUCUUAAUUGAUAUCAUGGGCCUGAUUUGUUUUGUUUGCCACUCUCAUUUUGUGGGAACCAAUGCCCUUGUGAGGCAUUUGCGGUUGAUUCAUGGUUUAUAUCCAGGUAAAUCACUUCGCCUAAAAUGUGCUCAGGGAGGAUGUUGUCGUGUUCUUAGUUCCUUUUCAGGUUUCAGGAAACAUUUAAACUGUAAACAUGCUGAGAACAUUGAGAAUGAAGCUGAAACUGAUAACAUUGUAGACAGUUAUGAUGCAACAGAUGAUACUCUGUCACAACAUUUUGAAGGAGCAGCCAGUAGUCCUAAUGUCCUGCCAGCUCCCAACAUCAAUAUUCGUGAUAUGUGUGCAUCUGCUGUUGCGCAGCUUCAAGUUGCUGGUGUAGGCCAGUCCACUUUAAACGAUUUCGUAUCAUCCAUGGAGGAAGUUAUAAUGGAGGUACAAAGUCAAACUAAAGACGCAGCUUUGAAAUGUUUAUCUUCUCAGGAUACAGUUGUGAAAGCUAAAAUUGAAAAAACUUUUAAAACACUUGAAAACCCUUUUACUGCAUUGAAUACUGAAUCAAAACGUAACGCAUAUUUUCAACAAAAAUGGAAAACUGUUGAACCUGUUGAAAAAGUACUUGGUGUUAGAUUAGAAAAUAGAAGAAACAGAAGCACCAGAACUUAUGAUCAAGUAGUUGUAACUGACAAAUUUGCCUAUGUUCCAAUUCUAGAAACAUUACAAUCUAUUCUCAGAAAUCCAAACCUCAGUGAUAUGUUUAUGUCAAGCCACACUCCCAAGGACGGUGUGUAUUUUGACAUAAAUGAUGGGUUGCAUGUGAAGAGACAUCCUCUUUUUUCUCAAAAAAAGAAUGCAUUGCAAAUUCAGCUAUUUUUUGAUGAGUUUGAGACUGUUAAUCCAUUAGGCUCCAAAAAGGGUAUACAUAAAUUGGGGGGUAUAUAUUUUACACUGAGAAAUUUUCCGCCAAAGUUAAAUUCAUGUUUAAUCAACAUACAUUUGUGUGCACUCUUUCAUGCCCAGGACAUUAAAACCUAUGGUUUUGACACCAUCCUUGAGCCCAUCAUAAAUGACUUGAAAGUGCUUGAAACUGAUGGGAUCAAAGUUCCCUUGUUCAAAGACGCAGUUCAUGGCAGUAUUGUACAGGUUACCGGUGAUAAUCUUGGUAUACAUGGACUGUUUGGGUUUGUGGAAUCGUUCAGUGCCCGGAAUUGCUGUCGUUUUUGUAUCAUUGAUAAGAGUGAAUUUCAAACUGUGUUCUGUGAAGAUGACCAAAGCGUGAUAUUACGGACUAAAGACAUGCUUGCAGAACAUUUUCAUACUGUACAAACAAAUCCACAGCUACCUCAUGUAUAUGGUGUGAAGCGUUCAUGUUUGUUAAACAAUCUGCAAUAUUUCAACACAGCUGAUAAUUUUUCCGUAGACAUCAUGCAUGACAUUUUAGAGGGUGUUGCACAGUUAGAAGUGAAACUCAUAUUGGAGUAUUUCCAGGAAAACUUCUUAACUCCUAAAGAACUGGCAAGUAGAAUAGAGUCAUUCAACUAUGGGUACACUGAGAGGAGAAAUCGCCCUCCUGCAGUCAAGUUAUUUGAUGGAAGCAACGAUUUGGGCCUGAACGCCAUUCAGUCCUGGUGUUUACUGCGAAACAUGCCGUUGAUAUUUGGUGAUCUAGUGCAGAGAGACAAUGAAUACUGGCAUCUGUUAAUGUUGUUGCUGCAGAUAGUAAAUAUUGUUUUUUCUCCCAUCCUAACAACUGGUAUGACCAUCUUUCUGAAGCACAUCAUUAUUGACCAUCAUCA